AUGGUUAAAAAAGAUAAUAUUUGGAUAGUAUGUAAGCUCUAUUGUGAAGAAAAUAACGAAAUAGAAAAUAAAAAAAAAAAAGAAGAUAUAUUCGAAGUAUUAGAAAAUUCUAAUACCUCAUUAUCUGUCUGGAUUAAAGAAGAAUUUGAUAAAAAAGCUAUUUUACUUUAUGGAAGAAUUUUUAAAAGCAUACUUUUUAGUCGUUUCUACAUUAUUUUUACAAAUUUAAAACUUAGAAUAUUUAUUAUAAGAACUAGUAAUAAAUAUAAAAGAGAAGUCACACUUUUAGCACAAGCUGUUACAAUAUGUGACUAUUUAAGAGUUAAAAUAUUAUAUAGUGGUGUAACGUUGUGUAAAUGUAAAAGGUUUUUGAAAGAUUUAUUUAUUAAAUUAAAAAUUGAAGAUAACAUUCCUGCAAUUUUGAAAGAAUUAGAAAAUUGCCCUUAA